AUGGAUGAAGCCUUUGACAGUGAUUUCACAGGGUCGGGUGUUUUUGUGGAAUUUGCAAAAUUCAGUUCUUGCCAGCGUUCAGGUUUAGGAAUAGCUGCUGGAGAUACUUCUAUGGCUAGCCACUGCUUCGCCCAGCAUCCUGACACGGAAGUACAGGACCAGGUGUCCCGUGGUGAUGUGAGCAUGUUCUCUGAUGGCGGGCACUGGAAGGAUAUGAGUCACAGAGGAGAAACCAAGUUUCAAAACAUUAACGAUCUGCAAGCUGCUGGCAUCAGAACGAGGAAGCGUGUUUUCCGUGUCACGGCCUCAGUCUCAAACCCUGGCCUUGCCCUCUCCCUUUGGAGCUCCCAGAGCGGGUGCCUCAAAGACUGGACUGAGUGGCCGAGGCCUCAGUGGGCGGUGCCUUGCCAAAGGGCGCGGCUUAGGCGCUUCAAUCCUCAAAAGCCUGAGCAGGACGGUGCGACGACCCCCGAGAAGUGGCGAGGCCCGUGCCUGGCGAGAGGGGCCGUACGCAGCGGCACCGUUCACAACGAGCCCCAGGUUUACGCAUGGCCGGGCCCGGCCGCCGCGCCCCGCCCGCCGUCCUGGUGCUGCUGCGGGCGGGGGCUGCUGGCGCUCUCGGCCCCCGGCGGCUCCCGGGGGCUGGGCACCCACCCCAAGAAGGAGCCCAUGGAAGCGCUGAACACGGCGCAGGGCGCGCGCGACUUCAUCUACAGCCUGCACUCCACCGAGAGGAGCUGCCUGCUCAAGGAGCUGCACCGCUUCGAGUCCAUUGCCAUCGCCCAAGCAUGCAGAUAUCCCAAACCUGAGAUUGCCAUUGUGAAGCGAGCGAAGAAGGUAUCAUCAGCAGAGACCCCUGAUAGUUUUGAAAAAUUGGAAGCACCACCACCCACACCAGGACAGCUGAGAUAUGUAUUCAUCCACAAUGCGAUACCUUUCAUAGGGUUUGGCUUUUUGGAUAAUGCAAUUAUGAUUGUUGCAGGCACCCAUAUUGAGAUGUCUAUUGGAAUUAUUUUGGGAAUUUCAACUAUGGCAGCUGCUGCUUUGGGAAAUCUUGUGUCAGAUUUAGCUGGACUCGGACUUGCAGGCUACGUUGAAGCUUUGGCUUCCAGAUUAGGCUUGUCAAUUCCUGAUCUUACACCAAAACAAGUGGACAUGUGGCAAACACGUGUUAGUACACAUUUUGGCAAAGCUGUUGGGGUGACUAUUGGCUGCAUUCUAGGAAUGUUUCCUUUGCUUUUCUUUGGAGGAGGUGAAGAAGAUGAAAAACUGGAAAAGAAAAAUUAA